AGCUGAUGUUGGCAGGGGUCUGAUUUCAGGAUGGUUUAAGGCGCCGAAACAGGGCGGGCAUGUGAAAUCGCCUUUGCUGUCGUCGUCGGCGGUCUCUUCCGGGGCUCGCCUGAGCUAUCCCUAGCCUAACAAUAACGAUGACAGCUCUUACUGCUUCGUUUAAUGAGCUACUGAAGCAGAGGGAGGCGCCUCCUGCGAAAACCAGCUUCAGCUUAGAGGAGCUCGACGAGUUCCUAAAGGAGGCAUACCGGAUCAACUCCCAUAUCGCCUCCCUCCAUUCCAGACUCAAGGAUGUCCGCCAGGCCUACCUCUCGACGGCGCCACAGCGCAAGUCGCACCUCCGGCAGCUGUCUCAAUAUCAACGCCAGCAAAUACUCACGGACCACGAGCGUGAGGAGGUCGAUGCAAACGCAAAGAAGAUGCUGCGCGAGCUCAACGCCUCCAUCCGGACCCUCGCCGACGCCGAGCAGCUGCGCCACGAGACGGAGCUCGUCGUGAUCCGCAAGAAGUACGUCCGCGGGCUGGGCGCGCUGGGCGCGUGGGCGGCCGGCGACGUCGGAGGGGUGGGCGGCCGGCUCGGCGGGCUGGGGCGCAAGAGCAAGAGCAAGGAGCACCUGGAGGCCGAGGGCAGGGCGGCGCAGCUGGCCGGCCACCGCGAGGGCGUGCUCUGGUUCCUCCGCCAGCGGCUCCAGCGGUGCGUCGAGACGCAGCAGCACAUGAUGGAGACGCGCCUCACGCGCGAGGUGGAGAAGAGCCGCAGCGUGCUCGCUAAGGCGCGCCCCGGCCAGCACGUACGCUCCGCCUCCGGCCUGCCCGCGGAGCUGGCCACCCACCCCGGGUUCCAGGGCUUCCACGAGCCGGCGUCCGGGAACGCCUUUGGCGGUGGCAAGGGGUCUCCCCUUGCACACCUCGAAGAAGAAGAAAAGAAGCGACGUCAAGAGCCGGCCGACUUGACCGCCGAUGAAUUGCAAAUGUUUGAAAAGGGAAGCCAGGAUAUGCUCAAAUACUACGAAAGCACCCUGGACAAAGUCAUGUCUGCGGAGAAGUCUCUCUUGGAGAUCUCGGAGUUGCAGACAGUCCUGGUCAACAGUCUAGCCACGCAGUCAGCUCAUGUCGAACAGCUGGUCGCAGACUCUCUCAGUACGGAGGAGAAUGUCGGCGGAGGAAAUAAGGAGUUGAAGAAGGCGUCGGAAAAAUGGCGCCCGGCCAAGCUUACCUUCUUUGGCGCUGUUGGGCUGUGUUCUGUGCUGGUGCUCUGGGACCUGGUGAUAUAAGCUUCUUGUACUCAUGAUAGUUGACGUAUUGAAGAAAGUGAAGACAUGGCUGCUUGCGGGGGGUAAUGGACUUCCUGAUGCGGUACAGGCGGGGAAGCGGCACCUUGAGCACUUUGAAGAAGACCAAAUUAAACUGCUGAUAAUCCAUGGUGACGGUUUAUCUGGGUAUUUGGGAAGCCUCGAUAUCUGGAUGGAAAUAUCUGCUUCGCCUUAGUCUUAUAUCUCGAACCUCCCGGCCCGUGUACCGCCUCUUUUUACUCCUGCACCGUAUCUCUCCUGGGCCGAGCUAGU